AUGAAAUUGAGAACCAAAUCAACCCUCUUCCUAAUAUUAUCCUGCGCCCUCCUCUUCCAGGGCCUCGCAGCAGCAUGGCAGUCCCCCCUUCUCCCCUCCUGGCGCAAAGCCAACUCGGCCUCCAAAGCAAAGAUCCCGCAGUUCAUCCUCGACACCAGACACCCCUGGCUCACAGCCCACGCCGGCGAACUCGCAAACCUCGACGACCCACACGCCGUAUUCUGCACGACUCUGAAGGACCUCAUAGCCUCGAGCAACCACGACCCAGAAUGCGGCCACGAUUGGCACCUCACCGGCCUCGACAUCCCCCGAGACCUCUUCCACAGCCUCGAGAUCGACAACAACCGCGUCGGGGUGGAUCGAUACGGCUGGCCCAACGCCCGAAACCGCUUUCUGGAGAUGAAGAACUGCCCCAGGGCUUUGGAGGAGGUGCGAGAGUUGAAAGUCGAUGUUUACUCGCACAAAGCCGAGUCUGUUCUACCGCCUGAUGACCUUCCGGGGCUGUUUGCGGAGGUCAUGGGUGAGAUGAAGGGACUGAAGAAGCUUGACUGGACGAUUAGGGGCUGGGAAGAGAACCAAGCUUUCCGUGACGAGUUUCACAGGCAGGGUGUCGAGUUGAGGUCUGUUGAGGAGCUCAGGGCGAAUAUGUAUGCGUCUUGGAUUCGGGAAGCGACGCCUCGGUUGAGGAUGCUGGAGGCCACAAGUGAUAGCUCGCAUUUUUCGGAACCUGAGGACUGGGGAGAGUUUCCACUGGUGUGGCUCGAGAGCUUGGAUAAGUUGAGGGAGUUGAAGAGCCUGAAUUUAGGUGAUAUUCGGUGGGACAAACAGGUUGAGAUGACGGAACUCAUUCCCAAAGUACUUCCGAAUCUCGAGGAGCUCUGGGUCGGUCCUUUGACACACGGGCACCUCGCUCCCCCAGGGGAGGCACUCCGAAACAUGACAAAGACUUUUGCUUCGCUUCACAAGCUAAAGAAGCUCCACCUUCCAUAUUCAGCUAACCUGCACCUCGACUUUGAUGGCGGUCCGUGGUGUGGUAACGCAUACGACGGCGAUGGUGGUGCUCGGCUCUGGCGUCAGGUUCGACUGGACGAUAUUGAUGCGACAGAGCGUGCGGGAUCGAUAGUUCAAGAGGAGAUUCCUAACCUCAAGGGGGUGGGAGUUGGUGAUUUCUAUGGGAACUUCACCUUUGACGCUCAGGGGACGCGGACGAUUGACUGGCCUUGGACAGGGAGGUUGGAGGAGUGGCUCAGUGAGACCAACUAA